AUGAACGGUGAUAAUUUUUAUGAGUGGUUCAACACAAUUUUGCCGUUAUUGAACGAAAAUGCCGUGAUCGUCAUGGAUAAUGCGUCUUAUCAUUCGGUGAAGAAGGACCCAUGCCCCGUUAUAUCUUGGAAAAAAGCAGAUAUUAUCUACUGGCUGGAAAAUAAAGGUGAGGUAGUUGAUCAUACAAAGGUUAAGUCACAAUUAUUGGAACGAGUACAAGUUUUAAAGCCUCAAUAUGGACAAUAUGUGAUUGAUGAAUUAGCAAAGGCUGCUAACAAAACUGUUGUACGUCUUCCUCCUUAUCACUGCGAAUUAAACCCAAUAGAACUCGCGUGGUCCUCAGUAAAAAAUUAUGUUCGUAUGAAUAAUACAACAUAUAAAUUACAAGAUGUUCGUAAACUAUUGGAAGAAGGCGUGGAACGGGUUACACCAGACAUGUGGAAAAACUUUAUUACUCAUGUGAAAAAAGAGGAAGACAAAUGUUGGCAAAUCGAUGUCUUAUCUGAUGAACUCUUUGAUGAACAAGAAUCCCACGUCUUAACAAUCACAGGUGACACAAGUUCAGACUUCGAUUCUGAUUAA